AUGUCGACUUUUCAAAAGAAGCUCUUGGCUGCUAUCAUCAAGAGUCUCCUUCGAGGAAAAUCACUGGUUCAGUCUCUCUUGGCUUACUGGAGCAGUUCACUGGGCCAUGACACAACCGGCAAACCUCGAGUUGGUAACACGCCGCGCAGGUCUAUCCAAGAAUUUCUUAAAGAGGCCGAAUCUCUGUUCCUCGACCCUAUCGCCCAAGAUUGUCUGCAGCAACUAUCUCGCAACAUGCGAAAACAGCUUCUAGAACGACUUGAGACAGACAUGGAAUGUAUGCUGCCGUCGUACAGUCACCAGUUGCCAAGAGGCACAGAAGUCGGCCGUUUUGUAGCUUUGGAUGUUGGCGGUUCAACCCUCAGAGUAGCAUUGGUGGAACUCUGUGGUCGCAUGUCCAAUAUCGGGGAACAGAGUAAAAUUAUCAGCACGCAGAAAUUCUACAUCAGCCCCGAUAUCAAGGCUUUAGAGGGGAUGGCUUUCUUCGAUUGGAUGGCGGAGAGGAUAAUGGAAACCCUUUCAGCAGAGCUAGAGCAGCAUGAUAGAUCUGAUGGACCUUUGCCCAUGUCGAUGGCAUGGAGUUUCCCUAUCGAACAAACAUCACUGGCAGGUGGCAAGCUGCAGGGUAUGGGCAAAGGCUUUUGUGCAUGCAACGGCUUGUUAGGCCAAGACCUUGGAGAGAUUGUGCGAACAGCUUGUCUGAACCGCGGUCUUAACGUAGAACUUCGAGCUAUUGUCAACGACUCAAGUGCAUGCUUACUAUCAGAGUCGUAUAACCACCCUACAACACGAUUCGGUCUUAUCCUUGGCACCGGUGUCAACCUCGCUGCCUACCUUCCUGUAUCAGCCAUUGGACGAGUCAAGUUCGGCCAACGUCCCCCUCAAUGGUUCGAGAAGGCGACACACGUUAUUAUCAACAGCGAGAUCAGCAUGAUGGGACGUGAUAUCUUGCCCUUGACAAGAUGGGACAAGCAGUUGUUGGCAAACCACUCUCGACCUGACUUUCAGCCUCUAGAGCACAUGGUCAGUGGCUACUAUCUCGGCGAGAUCUGCAGGCUUGCGCUUGUUGAAGCCAUCGAGACAACAGGGGCUUUCGGAGGCGUGGUUCCCGCUUCAUUGCAGAAGCCUUAUUCAUUCUCGACCGAGACGCUUUCUAUUAUUGAGAAGGAUACAAGCUCUGGUCUUGAAGAGGCACGCAAGCAGUUCUCCUCUCGCCACCCAUCCAGCCAUGCUCCUACGACAGCCGACCUAGCAUUGCUCAAGCAACUAGCGUCGUUCAUCUCCAAGCGUUCAAGCGCGCUCGCUGCUACCGGAGUUCACGCAUUCUGGAAUCUUCGCAUUGAAAGCCAGGAUAAGUUUAUCCAAACUCUGUCUCCAGGAUCUCCUGAACGGGACAGCGCCGAGGCAGACCGUGAUCUUGCCCAGACAACCGUCGCCUACAACGGCGCAGUCAUUGAGAGCUACCCAGGCUACCUUGACAGCUGCCAGUCAUACUUGGAUGACUUGGUAGCAAGUGAUCAAAAGGAAAAGGCCGAAACUCGAACAAUCAAGCUUGUUUCGGCAAAGGAGAGCUCCUUGAUGGGAGCAGCUGUGGCGCUGGCGUCUUUGGAAGAAGUCGUUGAGGGGCCGUUGGGUGUAGUGGGCUAA